AUGCUCCACUGUCGACCUCGCGGUAGGGACAGAGGCCAACAAUCUUCCUUCAUCCCUGAAUAUAGCUCUAAGAACCUUGAGGAAGUUUCAAAAGAGGCCCAAAGAUUACUUUCAGUUUUCACAAAGUCUUCAACAAAUUUACCAGAUGAGCAAGACUUGGGAUUUUCGGAUACUGUUACCCAUGGCCAUUCCGUGUUACAUCCGGCAAGUGUCGAUACGGCCCGGCGCACACCACGCAGUGCUCUAGACCCUCUAGAGCCAAAAGAUCUGCCGCCUAACUGCUCUUCCUCCGAAUCAUCUACCACAGAACAAAAUGAUCAACCCGGUCCGACAGAAUGUGUGGCUGUGUUGGAUUCAAGUCAGAAUGGGAGAGACGGAUUACCAGUAUCAUGUCCACCCAUUAAUAUGACCCCUCAAACGGGCUUGUCAUUAUUAUCGUCAAACUCACUGGGAUGGAGUGGUCAAAUUCAUCCUCACAUUAAAAACCUGGACAUUUCCUCUACAACCUCAAGCUCACCCCCACAUCCCUCUGAUUCACCCUUGCAAAGCCUCGAUGACCUAGCUCCCAGACGUUCUGGUCGGGCCAAAAAUACACCGAAUACCUAUAACGUACGUGUGUUGCUUGGGCUGGAGUUGAAUGAGGCCUCCAGGAAUUCUCAAGAGGUAGCCCCUCGAGUGUCUCGGGCGUCUCGAGCGCCUCGGGCGUCGCAUGAAUCCUCUCCUCCCCCGGAUACUCUCCCGAGCUUCGACUUACUUAACAAAGACCCUACUCGCAGAACUCCUCUUAUCAAGAAACUAUUGUGGGAUCGGGAAUUGUGUGGUUGUGGUUCCAGCAAACGGAUUCAUGCAGAUUUAACAUCGGAUAUCAAACCCUGGAAGUCAUGGAAAGGUGCUUCAGAUGAUGUAGUGGCUCUUGCUUGGUCUCCUGAUUCCACCAAGUUUGCAGUGGGAGCGACGGCUCAACCUGACGAGUACAAUCGAAAGUACAAUUUACUUUUGGGUGACCUUGUCAAUAAUGAGCUACACGAGCUCCCAGACCACUGGAUCCCUCGUCCCCCUUCGUCGACUACUACCGAGGAGCGCUUGUACACCAGCGUGGCUGAUAUGCAGUGGGCUGGUGACCGACUCUACACCGCCAGCUACGACAAUACAGUCAAAAUCUGGGAUGUUGGUGCUCAUAAACCUCCAAAUUGCCUUCAAACAUUAAGGCAUAACUCUAAAGUGGUGGUGAUGGCUCUUUCAAAGAAACACCCAAAGCUUAUUGCCACUGGUACCGACUCGUUCCAUCUAUGGCAUACCCAGGAAGACCAGGAUCCCACUUGCGUGGAUUUGUCCAUUGUCCGGAGCUCUCGCCAGAAAGUCAUUGACCUGGCACCAACAACUCUUGCAUGGGGCCAUACCGCAUCAACGGAUCAUUUCUUAGUUGGUGGCAUGGUGGAACGAAUCGUGGAUGAAUACAAAGUCCCCCACUAUGGCCAUCUAGGACUAUGGGCUGUAGGUCAGGGAUCUGUGACACCACGCAAACUCAGCCCCGAUUCUCAAAACAUUUUUGAUAUCAAAUGGCAUCCAUUCUUGCCUAAGUUUGCUGCUGCAACUACCUAUAGCCAGGCAAUGCGCCUCCCAUUGAAGACGCGAACUGUUGUACAGGUGUACGACUACAUAGAUGAUAAUUUUAUUGUCACUAGUCGUUUUCCCUGCCCAGCUGCCGAUGUCAAUGAAACGAGCUUUUGUCCGAUGGAUUCUACAUACAUCACAGCUAGCUGCACAGAUGGUCGAACAUAUGUUUGGGAUGUUCGUUGGCCCGGCAAAAACCUCCAUCAACUUCGACACGGCGAUCCUCUGCAUCCGCUCAAUCACCAGCAGCCUCGGGAGCUGACUGAUUACGGAGUCUCCAUUGCUCUGUGGGGAACGGCCAUUGAUCAGUUUUAUACCGGUGGCUCAGAUGGGGUUUUGAAACAGUGGGAUAUUCGUCGAUCCCCCGAAGACGUGCUAGUGGCCAAUAUAGCCAAUUUUAACGAGGGUAUCACUAGUGGAGCCUUUUCGGACGACAGCUCUCAUCUGCUCCUUGGGUUUCAUGGCGGGGGCAUUCGGGUACUUUCUUCCGGGCCUUGUUCAGACCCUGACAUCGAUAGGUUUGAGUUCAAGGGUGCCCCCGAACCUAUGUCCGAGGAGAUUUCUGGAUGCGAGGCAAGUAGAGCACUUGUGGCUAGUGCAGAGAUCGAACGGCAUCCGAUUUGGGGACCCGGGCAGGGAUCUAAUUAUAAAGGCCCUUAUGCUCGUUGGGCACGUGGCCUCGGUGAGGAUACACCUCUCGAUCAAGUGAAACGAAUCCCCCUCAAGGAUGAAUACCAACUUCGUCAGCUUUCCGGGCCAAAGGUACAAGCCGAGAACAAACUUGACCAGAAUGCAAGAAAUGAGCUCCAGAUGCAGAGAGAUGUUGCUCGAGCACGGAAUGUUCGGCAUGAUACAUUGUCAGGGGAUAAGCACAGGCCUGAAGGGAAUAAGGACAGCCGGGAUAAAGGUGGGGUAGCUGCAGCUGAGAUUACAAGAAAAAGAAAAAGGACCCGAGAGGAGAAAGGGAAAGAGAAGCGAAAGAAGCAGUACCGUCCCCCAAAGUUCAGCGAUGUCGAAGUGAUAGACUUGGUUAGUGAUUCUCCGGAACCCGAGUCAAUACCUCGGCCAAAACGAAAGCCGUCAAAGCUUUGGUCUUCUAAUGAAAAUCUGGAAGAUGGACUUGACGACGACUAUUGGUGGCCAGAUAGCGGAUGCUAUGACGCCAAUAUUUGUGAUGAUGAUUGA